AUGGAGAUGGACCCCUCACGCCUUCUGCCAACCUUCGCUCCACACCAACAAGCUCAGGGCCCGAAAACUUUGUCAAAACAGGAAAAUGGUAGUCUAAGAAGUCUUACCCGAGGCAUGGCUCAAGACGACUUCGCGGAAUCAAGAGUUACCCAAAAGUCCCAGAGGAAAACAAUUGUCCUCUGCUUUGAUGGGACAGGCAACAAAUUCCACGGCAACUCAAACGACAGCAACAUCCUUAAAAUUUUCCGAAUGCUCGAUCGGUCUUCCGGUAGAAGUUUCCAUUAUUACCAGCCUGGAAUCGGAACUUAUGUUGAUUCCUCGUCACUCAGUUCCACGGGGUCGUGGACUCGACUGAAGAAUUGGUAUAUGAAAGCGAAAGAUAGUGCAGUAGGAACUUCUUUUGACAAGCAUGUUGUUGGUGGGUAUAAGUUCUUGAUGCAGUAUUAUUCUGAAGGAGAUGAUAUAUACAUGUUUGGGUUCUCUCGGGGAAGUUACACGGCAAGAUUUCUUGCUGAGAUGCUAGAUUGGAUGGGAUUGAUCACUCAUGGGAAUGAAGAAAUGAUUCAAUUCGCCUGGAGAACCUUUGAGAAGUGGAAGGCCAUGGACGACUCCAACGAACACGCUAUGCAAUCAAGAAAGAAAGCCUACGAAUUCAUGGUAUCAUUUCGAGAGACUUUCUCGCGACCAGUUCGCAGAAUCGUAAGUUCAUUUGAUGUUCGGAAACAGCUUUGAUCGACCAUCUGCUGAAUUAAUUGUCGGACUGACCACUUUAGCGAUAUCUUGGGCUUUUCGAUACUGUAAACUCAGUCCCACGCUUCGAAAAUGCCAUGAUGUCCCGGAGGCAUAUGCCGGUAAGAUUGAUUGAUCGUUGUAGUACUAGAAGACCGACCUACUUACAAUAUAUUUUAGUAUUCCGCAAAAAGCUCAGCGAAGGUUAUCCGACAUGCAGUUUCCAUCGAUGAACGACGCGCAAAAUUUCGCUCAGAUCUGAUUUCAGUCGAAGGCCGAAACAUCCAAGAGACUGAAGGCGCGAAGGAGAAGCAUCAUGAAAGAAAAUCCUCAGUGUGGUUCCACGAAACCAAUCGCUAUAAGCCAACUAAAAAAACACAGCAAAAACUUACCAGACAACCGAGACAGGGAGGUAGAACUCAACGGAAUGAAAGUCGAGCAUCACGUUACCGGUCGCAUUCUCAUUCUCGCAGCCACUCCACAGCUGGAAAAUCCAUCUACCGUAGUGUUUCUCCUGGCACCUGCUCGACAAAGCCUUCAUUCGAUGACGCAUAUGACUCUUCCUCAGGCGACGAGGAUGAUCAGGACAUUCAAGAACUUUGGUUUCCUGGCGGACAUGCUGAUAUCGGGGGUGGAUGGGCUCUUGAAGAGGGAGAAACACCAUUGAGCCAUGUUCCACUUGUCUGGAUCGUAAGAGAAGCCAGAAAAGCUGGUCUGGAAUUCGAUGAAAGCAAGAUGAAAUCCUUGCAUUGCUGGGAUGAGAGUAUUGAAGGAAGAGGAGAUAUCCCGAUUAUCGAGCUUGAAGGAGACAAGGUUGGAAGCAGCAGUAGCGAUGAAUUUUCGGAGAAGCACGGAGAAUUUAAACAGAAGCUUCAUCACGCUACUUCCGGCAAGAUCCAUGAUUGCUUGAUGUUUGAUCAAGGGCUGUCUAGAAUGUCAGUACUGAAUUGGAAAGUCAUGGAAUGGAUUCCUUUUCGUCGCAUGGACUUACGUGAUGAUGGAAGCUGGAAACCAAUUAGGUGGUAAGUCCAUAUUUCAUGUCAGAAAAAUAAGCGAAUAGUAACUGACACGACCAGGCCACUGCCAAGAGGAGAAGUGAGAGAUAUGCCACACCAUGCCAAAAUCCAUUGUUCUGCAAUAAGACGCAUGAAAAUGGAUCCGAAUUAUCGCCCUGGAAACUUGAUUCUUGGUGGAGGAGGUGUAGGUGUACGAGUCGCGCCUUCUUCUGCAGGAAUCGGCGAGUGGGUCAUUGCUGGGGAGGAAGGUGACCAUAUUGGAGAGUGUUAUGUGAGGCAGCAGAAGCAGCGCAGUAUUACCUCUGAAAAGUAG